UUGGUUCCAUUUACCUUCCUGCCCUGUCUUCCCCAAAGGUAACAGCAUGAGUAACUGUUUGAUCCCAAGGACAUUCAUGUCGGUUUCCACAGCUAUAGAGGUAAUGGAAGAUAGAAGCACUAAUUUACUUAAUGCAAAGGAGGAUAAUCAUGGAGGAGUUACAGUUAACGUGGACCAGCCUAUGGAUUCCAUGGUCUUCGCUUCUUUGCUGGAAUCAUCAAUGUCAAACUGGCGGGAACAGGGAAAGAAGGGGGUAUGGAUCAAGUUGCCCAUACGACAUGCAAAUCUUGUUGAGGCUGUGGUGAAGGCUGGAUUUAGGUACCACCAUGCGGAGCCAGAUUAUCUGAUGCUUGUACGUUGGAUUCCCGACACUGCUGAUACCCUUCCUGCAAAUGCUUCACAUCGUGUUGGAAUCGGUGCAUUUGUCAUGAAUAAUAAUAGAGAGGUGCUUGUGGUUCAGGAGCGCAAUGGGUGGUUCAAAGGUAAAGGUGUAUGGAAGUUACCUACUGGAACUGUUGAGGAGGGUGAGGAUUUUUCUGCUGCUGCUGUUAGGGAAGUUAAAGAAGAAACAGGAAUCGAGACAGAAUUUGUGGAAGUUUUAGCUCUCAGGCAAAGCCACAAGGCUUUCUUCCGGAAAUCAGACAUGUUCUUUGUUUGCAUGUUGCGACCACGUUCCUUCGAUAUUCAGAUGCAGACCUCUGAAAUUGCAGCUGCUGAGUGGAUGCCAGUUAAGGAUUAUGCAGCCCAACCCUUUGUGACACAAAACUCGGGCUUUGACUCGGUUGCAAAAAUAUGCUUAGAGAAGCUGGAUGGGAACUACACUGGCUUCUCUCCUCUGCCUAUAGUUUCAUCUUCUGGGAAAAAGACUUACCUAUAUUUCAACAAACAGCAUGCUGGCCAUUUGUUUGCUUCCGAAGAUCACCAAGCUUGA